UAACUUUAUCCAUCCUGCUGGGGAACUGGUGCAACUUUUAAUAAUUGGCUAGACAUGUGCUGGGGAUAUUUCUAUUAAUUUUCAACCGUGUCUGGAAGACAUCUUUUAACUACAAUUAUUUAUAUAUUUAACGAGGAUAUAAACUGUACUUCAAGACACAUUGCUUAUUGGAACUGUUAAUAUAAACGUUUACUGUUUCUGUGCAUUGUGAUUUCAGGAGAUCGAUUCUGCUAUUUUAUUCUUCAAUAAAUCAAAACCCCGAAAAACUCCAAUACAGAGAUAUGUAGAUACUCCAGUUAUUUUCAACAACAUAUAGUACCACAACGCAGUUGGACGUUCGUAAGACAGUCAGAGCAAUCUAUACUUUCCAAAUUCCAAAAAGACCAUUGAGGCAUCAGAACUAGCAAGGAUGUAAAUGAAUUUGUCAAAACAGUCAACAAUCUCAAAUUGAUAGUCACAUCAGAGCUUGUCCCAUAUCGCUUAAAACCUGGAGGGGUGAUAGCUUUGGUCUUGGCAGGUUUGUCAGAUAUCCGUCAGCAAAAAUCUGGAUUCUGUUAUAACUUGAAUAAAUCUUUGACGCACGAGCGAGGUGCUUCUCAACUUUGAAGGCAGGAAAUACAGCAAUUAGAAACUUUUCACGACUGGAGUGAGGGGAGUAAAUACGAAUUUACGAGAACUUGAUGUCUUGACGGAGAUUUUUUGUCAGGAAUUAUAACUCUGUUAACUUUCGGCGUUGUUUUCUUUUUGUCUUCAACUGACGUUCAUGUGUUUAUUAGGAACAUCCCGAGAUAUAUUACUUCAGAGACAUAUUUUAAUAAUUAAAUGAAGUGAUUUAAGUUAUGAAAUAUAAUAUUUCAUUCAUGUGGAAGAUUAGUUUUAUCUAAUAGAAGGUUGACUUUGAUAAAUACGCCAAUUACGAGAUUAUACAUGAACAAUUUAUUUUCUGUAAUUGUGACGGUGAAUCUUCAACUGCAUUUUCAUAGCAUCGAUUUUCCAAUGGUCGAUAUCAGCCGAGCAGCUCCGAAACACAUUUCUGUGAAAGUAAAACUGUAAUGAGCCGUAUAUGUGAACAACAUUUCUUAAGAGUUAAAAGAAAUUAUUGUUUAGAAUUAAUGCUAUAUGAAUAGAUGUAUUGUUCGAGCUGUAUAAAUGAUAAAAGCAGUAAUAGCAAGUGCUAAUCGAUAGGCUGUGGAAGCAUUCUUUUGAAAGUAGCGAUAAACCUUUGAUUUCAUCUAAAUACCCGUGCGAUCGCAAAAUGAAAAUGUGCUGGAACUCUUUAUCGGUAUCAUUAGUUAGAAAAAUAAUUAGGACUCUGUUAUAAUUACUUUGUUCGACUUUGAAUAUAUAUUGAAAAAAAUGAGCUCGUGGUGAAAGAGCUUUCCGCCUACAGACACUAACAGAUGUAAUUUUAUGUUGAAGAUACUGCCUGCUAGAAACGUUCUGACGUAGAAGGUCCAUGAUUUCUAUGGAAAUAUUAAUUUUACUAGUUUCUUUGAAAACGAUUGCGUGGGUAUUUAUAAAAAACACGUUGUCUAGGAAAUUCUGGAUAUAAAGAAGACAAUGGGAUUUUAUUACUAUUUUCAGUUAUAUCUUGAAGGAAAUUAAUCUGAGAAAGUCAUUAAGUCUUAAGGAAUAGGAAUCAUCAAAGACAUAUACUGGAAGUUUUAGUGAAUAAAACUUACAUUAAGAUCUUUAAGGGAUAUUGUCAGGUGAUUCAACAAAUCGUACAAAAAGAUUUAUUCCAAUAAUACUUUAAUUUAAGACUUAUUCAGAAGUAGCUGAAAUAUUUUUGUGACCGUUGUUGAUUUGUAACUUAAAAAUAAAAGCUUAACUGAAAAAACGUGAGGAUUAAACUGCGUGUAAAAAUGAAUCUGGAGAUACCGGAUGGUUUAGGCGACCUACUGCGAGAUUUUACGGUCGCCGUGUUACGGGACAGGCCGGCAGAUAUCUACGACUUCGCAGUCGGAUAUUUCACUAAAGUCAGAGAAAAUCGAAGACCUAAGGCUGUUCCAAUGUAUGUUAUCGUUGACGACGACGAGGAUGCAUCGGAACCUGAUAAAGAUAAUUUUAAACCAAAAUGUCAACGAUUAAACAGGUACGGCAGACGACAGUCAGUGUCAGCAGAGAGAUAUGACCCGGAAGAAGACGACGAUGACGAGGAGAAAACCAUACACGCCAAGACGGAUGAACAACGUGAUCGGUUGACAGAGGCUGUUAGUGGUAUUUUACUGUUUCGAGCAUUGGAACCAGAACAAAUGCAAGAUGUCCUAGAUGCAAUGUUUGAAACGGUUGUGAACCCAGGCGAUUUCGUCAUCAGACAGGGGGAUGACGGUGAUAAUUUCUACGUCAUUGAUUCCGGGAGAUAUGACGUCACUGUAAAUGUAAAUGGUGAGGACAAAAAGGUUCAUACGUUUGAAGACAAGGGUAGUUUUGGAGAGCUUGCUCUUUUGUAUAAUAUGCCACGAUCCGCUUCUGUUAUGGCAGUCACUAGAGGCUCAUUGUGGGCAAUGGAUAGGAAUUCCUUCAGAAGAAUCGUGUUAAAAAGUGCAUUUAAGAAACGAAAAAUGUACGAAGAAUUACUAGAAAAUGUCCCAAUUUUGAAAUCACUGGAGCAUUACGAAAGGUCCAACCUAGCAGACGCUUUAAUGUCGAAGACCUUCAAAGACGGUGUAUGUAUCAUACGGCAAGGAAAUGAGGCAGACGGAAUGUUUUUCCUUGAGAAAGGUGUAAUACGGGUUACAAUCAUAAAUCCUGACGGCGACGAAGAAGAACUAGGUAAACAUUCUAAGGGCAAGUAUUUUGGAGAACUUGCCCUGAUAGAAAACCAACCCAGAUCAGCUAAUGUAUAUGCUGUGGGUGACGUAAAAGUAGCUUUUCUUGAACGAGAAUCAUUUGAGAGACUUCUAGGACCUUGUCUAGACAUAAUGAAAAGAAACAGUGAGUUUUACAAGCAGUAUACAGAGCAACAUCCAUUAAAAGGCAGAUGUGACUGAGCCUUCACGAAUAUAAAUACGUUUUAACUUUUUAGAACUGAAAAAUGUUUCAUGUCAAAUAUUACAAAAUAUACAAAUUACAGUUCCGGGAUGCUAUGUGAGCCUCGACGUUUUCUUGUACAUUCGUAAACAGCCUUGUCUGUUGAAACAGAAACGUAAACAAGGCCUUCUGGCAUUAGUAAGUCGAUGUUCACAAUCAUACUAAAACAUUGUUCAAAGGCUAUCUGCGAAUAAUCAAAUAAAACAAUGGUGCCAGACAAAUUCAAUAGAUGCUCUGAACGUCAAUCAAUAGUAUAGAAAGACUGAGUUUAUUUCAUCAUAAAGAGGGAAGUUAUUGAGAAAUUAACCCAGUUUGAAUUUACGUUUAGUGAGAAUGUUGGAACCAAAUUUUAUCGAAUUGAAGAAAUGAGGAUAAGAUUAGUAGAAAAUAUAAGACCUACUUCAUGACUUUAGAUACAAAUUGAACAUCGUCAAGAUGGAGUAAAAGAAGCUAUUACUCCGUGAUUUCAAUUGUCAUCGCUUGCUAUUAUUGUUACGUUCUUUUCUAGUUCGUUUGCUGUACAAUUUAAAAUGAACAAAAUUAAUUAAUACUAAAUAAAUCUUGACGUAACCUGAAUUAUUUUAAAUUCUAUACAAUGCAUGAAUACCAUAGAUAUAUAUCACAUGUUGGAUGAUUUAUCAUACAAAUAAUUGAUAUGUAUAACGAAGAUAUAUCAAAAAUUCCUUUUUAUUUUAUGUUGUAAUGUGGAAUAUUUUCAGUUAAAUAAAGGAAAAUUAAAAUACA